GCUGUGGCCGCUGAAGCUCGCGCGGCGCUCGCUGAGGCCGCGGUUACGCAAUUGCAAAGCGUGAUUCGGACCGUUUCACACGCUCUCAACAGCGUUGAGCUGCCUUCCGCCACGCGCAACGCUGGCGGCGCGGCUGCUGAUGCCGCGCCUGCCCCUGCCGCUGCUGCGCCUGCUCCUGCGCCUGUGGCUGCUGCUGCUGUCGCGCCUGUUCGCGCUGAUGAGGACAUGUCUGAGAGUGAGGAAGAGGAGGUGGAGCGGCCGCCCAAGAAGUCCAAGCACGCCAAGAAGUCCCAGCCUCGCGCUGCUGCCGCCACUGCUCACGGCAAGGGCAACAGCAAGGGCAACGGCAAGGGCCACGGCAAGGGCGGCAACGGCAAGGGCACGCUGGGGGCCAAGGGCGGUGUUGAGAAGGGGAAGGGGGAGCGGAUGAUGCGGAACUUCCCCUGUUCCCAUACUGAGUACCAGCGGCGCUUGGCCAACAACGAGUGCUUGCGUUGCGGGAGCAAGAAACACAUGGUGAAGGUCUGCCGGUCGGUCGCUGGUGAGCUGUGGGUGCCUCCUGAGGAGGCCGCCCAGCCGAUCGUUGGCUAGGGGGUUACCCAGGCUGGUGUUGAGGGGUCACCUCCUGGGCGUCUUUCACCUGCAGCGCUCGACGUCUGUCCUAGUCGUGCGGUUAGGGCUCUGUUGCCUACUGUGCUUGAGCAGGUCGAACAGUUGGUGGGACGCCGUUUCUCGUUUGAUGCCCGCGUUGCCUGCGCUGGGUUCGCUGUUGCAUGUAAUCUGUUCAUGCCGCGCGGUCGUCCUCUGUCCUCUGUCAGCCUAGCUCGGCACACUGUCCUGUUUACCCCUUCCACGCUGCAUGAGUUUCAG